UUUUCUCAAACAAUCCUCUCUUUAUCUCCCAACCACCCCCCCCCAAAACUUACAAUCUUAGUUUAGUUCUACUUGUGCUUGUGGGCUUCUGUUCAUGUGAAGACCAGCAAUUUUAAAAGAAAUAUACCUCUGCUUCUCGGUGUCUUCUUCUACUAAUUUUCAUUAUCAGGGAACCUUUGGUGUAGUGGGUUUAAUGGCCAUCCAUUUUGUAUUGCUGAUAAUAGCCAUGACCUCUAGGAAUAAUCUGAACUUCCAAACCUUUUGGUUCCUUAAGGUAUGUGAGUUCUGUUUAUCAUUGGUUCAUAUGUUUUACAUUCCACAGUUUAUGUUUUUGGCAACUAUAUACAUGCUAGAUUGAGUUCGAUCGAGAUUACUGGAAAUAUGACUUAUACCUCCUAAGUUUGAAGGAGGAUUUGUAAAUUUCUGUUGUGUUUUGCUAUGUGCACUUACAUGGAGCUCACUACUACCACAAUUAAUUUAAUUGCAUAUUCCCCUUAAUAUAAUCUUACAAACACCAAAACAGUAAAAUGAUAGGUUCAUACUAUAGGUAAUAGGUUUUUGAGUCUUCUUCACUAUCUCUAGCAUUCCUAAUCACCAUGUAACAACUUAUUGUCAUACUUUAAACCCUAAAAAACCUAUAUUAUGUUGAUAAAAUUUUGACUGGUGUUUAUAUUUUGAGGUAAUUUAGCAUUAUUGAUUGGUUUAUAGCUUGAAAAACAUAACAGAUCGAUUUACUUUUGAGUGGAGAAUCACAAAAUUAAUCAAUGAAUGAUUGAUGGGAGAAGUUGUUCCCUUGGUCGCGUAGAAACAGAAAAUUUGAUCGAGACCCACGUUAUAUUGAUCCUUCAUUUUCGAUCAUUACGACUUCUGGGAGUUCGUCAGGUCAUUCGCCUCCUUUGUGCUUGCACUAGAGAGAGCAUACUCUAGUUACAUUUGAGGCUAUAGAUUUGCUGGCGGUUGAAGUGGCAGGUUUCAUCCAUCUGUCUCUCAUUAUGUAAAGAGUGAGACUCUGAGAAUUUUGGGGUUUAAUUAGGUCUUCAUUUUGCACCCUCAAUGAUUGAGGAUAUUUUGGUCAUUCUGAAGGGGUUUAAGUGUACUUUUCUUAUGUCUUCUUUUAAAUCUAGGAUGUAAAAAUUUCUUUGAGUUUACAGAAAACAAAAAAAAACAGUAUCUAAUAGAGAGAGAAGUAGAAUUAUGAUCUAAAAUAUCUGGCAAAUAUGAAGCUUUAGAAAAUAAUUGAAUUGUUGAGUAUAGUAGCAUAGGGAGGAGUGAUUAACCGUUCAUGGUUUUAGGGAAAAAUUUUCAAAAACCAGUUCACACAGAUUCUUUUCAAAGAUAAGAACGAUUUAAAUGGGGUGAGGAAGUAAAUGGAAAUUACAGAAAGCAUGGCUUACACUUGUUCUCACGGCAGUCUGCCAUCCCAGCAUAGACUUGUCCGUUUUCAGAUACCUUGCACUCUAGAGAGUAUAUAGAGUGGAAGAGAGUGAGAGAGCCAGUACAGAAAAAACCCUAUGUCUUCCUCUGGAAACCCUCCGCAGCAGCUCUCUAGGUCUAGAAUCAUGUUCAUCGACCACUUCGCCCCACGGCCAAAUCCAACCUUGGAGUACUGGCAUCUGAAUCCCACCCCCAGAAGUCGUCAUGAUCGGAAGUGGGAGGAUCUAGAAUCCGACUGCCUUGUCAAUAUCUUUCAAAGAGUUGGUAUGGAGUCAAUGCUGAUGUUCAUCCCCUUUGUUUGCAAAUCGUGGCACAAAGCUAGCCGCACUCCGGCUGUCUGGAAGAGCCUCAUCUUUCCUGAAGGUAUUUUUGAUCCGAUGAAUUUUGAUACUGAUACUGGUGAAAAUGAAGGUUAUUGGUUUGAUUUGUUUCUGAGGAAAUUUGCUCGGGAAUUUGACAUUCCAUGGAGUAACUUCACUGUUCCCAAAUUUGUCAACUUGGCGAUCAAUCGCAGCGAAGGAGGUGCUGAAUUUCUCAAGCUACCUGGACUGAUUUGCAGCGUAUAUAUGUAUGCCAUGAAACAAAUUCUGAACCACAUCAAAGACAACAACUGCAGCAACUUCAAAGGGUUGCAUAUGGCUGAUGCCUAUAUUACUUGCAAGGAUGCGUCGGCGAUGGUGAGAUGUGUGCCUGAACUCAGGUACUUGUGCUUCAGGAGGGCAACACUGAGUAAGAAGAGUCUUCUCAAAAUACUGCGAGUCUGCAGAGAUCUUGAGGUUUUGGAUGUGAGGGGUUGUACUGGUUUCGACGAGGAUGACGAAGAAAUACUGGAGCUUGCUUCUCAUAUUCCCAAGUUUAUGUGUGCUGGUUCUCAUCUCCAGCCUGAUUUUGUUUCUGGUCGAAUUAUUCUGCCUUAUGAUGACGAAGAUGAUGAAGAAGAGCACAAAGAAGAGGGUCAACAAGAGAACCGAGGACAGGGCCAACAAGAGGGCUAGUAAGAGUCAGGAAGAGGAAUAGUGAUUUACUUGGGGAUUAAUUAUUGAUGUAUUUCUGCAUUUUCCUUUUGGUCAUGAACUUGGUUGUUACUUAUGUAUUGCAAUUUGCUGUAGGUUAAUUUUGAGUCUGCUUGUUUUAA